AUGUUUAAUGGUUUUUCUAUAAGUUCGAAUAUCAGAAAGAUUCUUAUAUCAGGAAAAAUCCCAUGGACUUUCUUGCCUAUUUCAUUUCAAAUCACUUUUCAUGUUGCUCAACUUUGGAUUAUAGUAAAAGAAUGUCAAAACGUUUCGAAACCUGUUGUACAAUCGUUAGAAACAUUGCUUGAUUCUUCUAUUCAACAAAUAAAACAUGAAAAUUCCAAUAAUAAUGUUCAUCAAAGAUUUGAGUUAUCAACUUAUUACGGUCAGAACAAAGAACAUUGGAGAAUCUUGGAAAUCGAUUAUACUGUUUUAACUGCCAUGUUAUCUCCAUUAAUAACAACAAUCUUGACCUUGAUUCAGUUCGAAAUAACUUCUUGA